CUCCUCCUAAGCCCACUGUGACCCUUCAGCCACCUUGGCCUCAGAUAUACAGCGGUGAGACAGUCACUGUCAGAUGUGAGAUUCAUGGAGGUGAAGGAGCUCAGUGGACGUAUGAAUGGAGAAGAGGCCAGUUAAAAACACCUGCAACAUCCAGUGAAUACAGAAUCACAGUUACUGAGUCUGACAGUGGAUUGUACAGCUGUCGGGGUAGACGAGGUUCUUUCUGGACAGUGUGGAGUGACGUCAUUACAUUGACUGUCUUAUCUCCUCCUAAGCCCACUGUGACCCUGCAGCCAUCCUGGACUCAGACAUACAGCGGUGAUACAGUCACUGUCAGAUGUGAGAUUCAUGGAGGGGAAAGAGUUCAGUGGACGUAUGAAUGGAGAGGAGGCCAGAAAAACAUACGUGAAACAUCAAGUGUAUAUACAAUCAACAGUGUUAAUGAGUCUGAUGGUGGAGGAUACAGCUGUCGGGCCACAAGAAGUUCUUCCUGGACAGAGUGGAGUGACAGCACCUCAUUGAGAGUAACAGUUCCCAUUACGCCCACUGUGACCCUGCAGCCAUCCUGGACUCAGAUAUACAGCGGUGAGACAGUCACUGUCAGAUGUGAGAUUCAGAGACGUGAAGGAGCUCAGUGGACGUAUGAAUGGAGUCCUGCCAAGUUAAACACACCUCCAACAUCCAAUGAAUACAGAAUCACAGUUACUGAAUUUGACAGUGGAGGAUACAGCUGCCGGGGCACAAGGGACUAUUUGUUAACAUAUUGGAGUAAAGUUCCUGGACUGACUGUAUCAUGUAAGUUGAAGAUGUUACGUACAGAUAAUUCAUUUUGUUAAAAUAAUUUGUAGCUGAUUCUU